UUACCCAUCUCGCUUCAUCUCACAAGUUUUUGUUUUCGUAACUUUGUGCUGGUGCUGGCCCAGUUUCUACGCUUUAUUUUCCUUAUUAGCACACACACAAUAACUUAAACUACAGUUUUUAUCUCACAUUACACAUAAAAUGUGCUACGUGAUCAUCACAGGGCGGAGUUUGGCUUGGCUCCUGCUGAGUUUGGUAGCCUUUAUGCUAAUUCUUUCCGGCAUAAUGACUCCCAAGUGGUUGUUAGGGCAGCCUAUGGUGCAAAAUAGGGAUAAUAUUACGGGAUUCUACGUGCCUAGUGUCGGGAUAUACAAUAGAUGCUUGCGUAUAAAGGACAGCCGCGAUGACUGUGGCUCUUUCUCCUUCUAUGGCUUCGCCACUGAUCCGAGCCGCUACCCUACCCCGUGGAAAGCAGCAUUGUUCUUCUUAUCUUUAUGUGCAGCCAUACAAUUCUCGACGGUGCUAGCCGGCGUGAUGGCGUGCUGUGUUCAGUCCGUGUUCAAGAAGAGUGUUAUAUCAUUGGCUGGCGCUACUCAAGCUUUGGGAGGGUUAUUCGGAGUGUUAGGCCUUUUGCUGUACCCUUGGGGUUGGGGAACCCAGCGCGUCCGACAGCUUUGCGGGGAAAACUCGGAGCCUUACAUACCAGGAGACUGUUCUAUUGGUUGGUCCCUGUACGUGACGACGCUGGGCGUGGCGCAGGUGUUCCUCGCGAGUGCCGCGUCCCGCAGCGCGGACCGCGCCGCCGGCUCAGAGAAGGUACAGUUCCAGAUAGACGAGGGGAAACAACUCAUUUGCUUGGCCUGACUUCUGACGCCUUAGACUGCUAUAGAAGUCAAUCAAAAACGGAAAUAACGCCAAUGUCGUGCAUACACGACGAACUAACUGACUAUUUAAUUGCUUUACAAUGAUUUUGUUUUAUUACUUUUACACUAUCGACAUAUACUUCGUAGCUUUAACCACUAUUUUACAAUAUUUUUGUGUAUUUUGCGCGUGAGAGAGGAACAUUACACGCGUUUGAAAGCAUUCAAAGAAUACAAAACAUUUCAUUUAGUCAUGUUAUAUUUUGGUUAGGAACUAAUUUGUAUUUACAACAAAGGUAGUUCAAAACGACAAAAACGAGACUAAGGCAAAAUAGGGCUGUUUUUCCUAAGUAGAAACGCUGGGCAUGGCGUAAGUGUUCCUAGCAAGUGCUUUAUCGACGAGGGGAAACAACUUAUUUGCUUGACCUGAUCACUUCUAAAGCCAGCUUUAGUGCCAUUUUUGCAGCUCAGAGGAUUAAAAAAAUACUUAUUGCGCUCUAUAAAACGCUAGGGAGAUCUGGUUUUCAAUAUGAUCUUUCUACAUCGUGUGCAAUGAUAUUUCUUUUACAGUACAUAAUAUAUGGUUCUACUUUCCCUCACUAUACACACUUAAAUAAGCACUUUUCGUGCCUUUGUCGAUUAUGUACUGUAAAACGUUGGGCCAAAGGGCUAUUGUGUACUGUAAAACGUUGCACGAUACACGUGCGAAUAAUUAAUUCGCAAUUUAUCGCCGCUUGUUUCGAAUUAACUGUUUUUCGCACUUGUAUCGUAAUGUAAUAUUAUUACUCAAUCAUCCUGCUUUUUUGUCAAUGUUGUAUUAAAAUGACAAACUGUUUGCAAGUUAGGUCAAUAGAACUGUCAUUUCUGUAACUAGAAUAUAUAAGAAUCACAGUAUAGUUAAAAUAUAUUUCCCAUGUGAAACUAUAGACUGAAACUAACUUCCAAACUGUAUUUAUAUUUUAUACAUAUUUUUUUACAUGUGGUUUGGAAAUGGGUGGAACUAUAUACAUUUAAUUGUAGUAAAUAAUGAAAAAUAAAUUAUAUUUAAGGAAACAAAGAUGUGUCUUAAUACUCAUAAUAUUGUGUUAUUAAUAUUUAGAUUAUAUUUUAAAUUGAAGUAAGUCAACGGGUUUCAAUAUCCAUGUGUGUCAUAAUUUUUUUUUUAAUCAAAUUUUAUAUUUAAAAUUGCAGUAUUAACAAUUUUGAAAAUUAUUUUUAAGUUUACCUAUAAUUGUAUCGAAAUAGUUAAGGGUCCCCGCUAAGCUCGGUUCUCCAUAGAAACGUAGUUCCGCUCUCAUUUUAAAACGACUAGCUAGAUUGCUCUGAAACUUUGUACUUACAAUAGGAUAAG